AUGGAGGUGAGGGGACAACUGGUUUUGUGGGAUGGGCGGGAGGUGGAGCUGUCGGCAGGGGCGGACAUCGUGAUGGGGCGCGGCUCCCCACUCUUGGGUAUCAGCGACAAGCGGUGCAGUCGCCGCCAGGCUGUGCUCACCUUCCUGCCCCCCGCCACCCCCAGCGACCAACCCUUUGCCCUCGUCGCCCACGGGCCGAACACGACGUUCGUGAGGAGACGGGGCGCGGAGGAGCGGGAGGGAAUGGCGAAAGGCGAAGUCUACUUCCUCAACGACGGCGAUGUGAUACGCCUGCCGCCCGACUACCACCCGAUCGUUUUGCGCCUCAUCAGCGUCGGCGGCGAACAAGAACAGACCCAGGUCAAGCAGCAGCGGCGCGCAGCGCCAGCGGGCCACCACGCAGUGGCUGAAGGCGGGAUGCCAUCGUCCAUGGAGGUGAAGGAGAGCCAGCAGGAGGAGCCCCUGGCCGACCGGCGACAGGGAGGCGCAGGCAGGAAAGGCCGUCGGUGGAUGCGCGAUGAUGCCCCUUUGACUGCGACUGAGCCAGACGGCCAACGCAAGGACGAAGAGGACGGGGGUGUGCGGAAGGACGCCGACGCCAUCCUCCUCUCUUCAGUGAGCGACCACUACAGAGAAUGCAUAAGUGCGGUGAAGCGAGUGCUGCCGGAGAGGUCGGUGAGGGAGAUCAUCGCCGCCCUUGUCAAAUGCCAGAAGAACGUGGAACAGGCGAUCGACCUCCUCGUCUCCGAGCCGGCAGACCACGCGGCGCGGGUCCAGCCGCCUCUCCCGUCAUCGCCAGCGCCACCGAAUGUCUCCCCUAUUCGCGAGCUCUCGCCCACCGGCGCCUCCAGUCCGUUCCGCGUUCCUCAAGGAGUCGACCAAGCACCCAAGGAGGCGCGAAUCGACGAGUUCGCCCAUGCGCCUGAGCUGCCGGAGGGGGCAGAGGAGGGAGCAGAAGAGGGAGAGCGAGCCGAUGGUGGUCGGCUGAUGGGCCUGCUGCCGGACUUCCGGCCGCUCUCGAUGUGGUGGCAGGCAGGGUCUCCUGCCAGUGUCGACGGCAGCGCAGUCCCUCCGAGCGAGGCGAGAGAGGAUGCGGUGAUAAUGGAAACGAGCGAUUCCAGCGCGCCAGCGGAGGCCACGAGGCCUGCCAAGCCGCCGACCAGCGGGUGGAUCAGACGCAAGCGUAAAAGCGACGACAUCAGGCCCGGCCGUGCGAACGAGGACGCGGCGCUGCCAGAAGACGCCGGGGAAGAGGAGGAGGAGAAGGAGGAAGAAGAAGCGGAGGAAGGCCUGACCAGGAAGAAGAGGCGGACCGUAGGCCACGAUCGUGACCACGACGCGGAAGAGCCGAAGCGAGAGGCGCAAGGAAAGGAGACGCAGAGUUCAGACGACGAGCUGGAAGCACGGCCAGCUGCUUCGGAUCGUGACACGGAAGCCGAAGUGGUGGCGGUGGCGCGGGCGACCGACGAGCUGCCGCCGAGCGGGGAUGAAGAUGUGGCGGUCCUGCAGGCCAUGUUCGAGGGCGUGGAGGAGGACGAGCUGCGCAAGGUGCUGCGGGAGAACGGCGGCGACGUCAACCAGGCCAUCGAUUCACUUCUCAACCUCAUCGCCAUUCGCAACGGCGAGGCGGGCAGCUUGUCCAUGGACCACCGAGAAGAGCCGGAGGUGGAAGCGCGCGAGGAGAUGCACACAGAAGCAAGCCAUCGUGACAACGUCAACAGCGAGGACCCAGGCGAAGACCUAGGCAUUGACAUCGCGCAUGACAUGGAGCUGGGCGAAAACGAGGAGCGGAUAGUAGACACUAUGAAGGGUAUGCUAUUCUACGACGCCCCAUCCUUUUCCUGUUGA